AUGUCGACGGCAGUGGAGAGCUUCGGGAUGGGGGAGGCGCUGCCGAACGGGCACGGCUCCCAGCUCAACGGCUCUGCCCAGACGAACGGCUCCCAGCAGAACGGUUCCUGUGCGCCGUCAGAGCGCAGUCUGUGGGAUGCCCAGUUCCUGCCGCCGCCGCUGGUGCUAGAGGACCGCGCAAGAGCGUUAAAGGUGCAGUCGCGGCUCUCGGGGCUGGUGCUGUGCGGGGCGACGCUGAUGCGCGUGGGAGAAACGUUCGCGCGCGAGCUGGAACGCGGCUUGCGCCAGCUGCCCUCCAGCCUGCAGAUGGAGAACACCUACGUACCGGAGCUGCCCGACGGCACAGAGGAGGGUGUGUUCUUGGCGUUGGACCUUGGCGGCACAAACUUCCGCGUCCUGCUGCUGGAACUGGCCAGCGGGCAGCUGGUCCGAGAGAAGGUCAAACAAUAUCACGUCAGUGACUCUCUUCGCCUCGGCCCUGGAGAGGACCUCUUCAACUUCUUGGCCGAUUGCGUCCAAGACUUCCUGCAGUGCGAGAACCUGGAGCACCAGCAUCUGUCGCUUGGGUUCACGUUCUCGUUUCCGAUGCGCCAGCACUCGAUCUCGUCAGGGGAGCUGCUCACGUGGACGAAGUCGUUCUGCUGCGGCGGGAUGCGGCACGUGGACGUGGCCGCGCUGCUGCAGCGCUGCCUGGACGCCAGGGGGCUCAGGGUCACCGUGCAGGUGCUGCUCAACGACACCACGGGCACCCUGGUGGCCGGCGCGCAGCGGGACCCCGACGUAGGGAUCGGCGUGAUCCUGGGCACGGGCUCUAACGGCUGCUACGUGGAGCGCGCGGCGCGCGUGCAGCACUGGGAGACGGCGCACGAACGAGUGCGCGACGUGGUCGUGGACGUGGAGUGGGGCGCCUUCGGGGACAACGGCUGCCUGCGCUUCCUGCGCACCGACUUCGACCGCGCCGUCGACGACGGCUCCUUGCUCGCCGCCUCCUUCACGUUCGAGAAGUACAUCGGGGGCAAGUACUUGGGCGACCUGCUGCGCGUGGUGCUGAGCGCCUUGGCCCGGGACCAACUGUUUCCGGCCGCGCCCGCCGACCUCACUUCUGCGCAUCUCAGCAUGUUCGAAGAGGAGAACUGCCGCGGCGAGUGGCGGCGCACCGCCUCCGCGCUGCAGGGGGCGUGCGGGGGGGCGCACGUGACGCGCUCCGACGCGCUCGUCGCGCAGCACGUCGCGCGCGUCAUCUCCAACCGCGCCGCGCAACUCGUCUCCGUCUGCGUGGCCUGGCUGCUGCGGCGCAUGGGGCGGCCGCGCGUGGCUAUAGCCGUGGACGGCUCCGUGUUCAAGCGCCACCCGCGCAUCCAGAUGCUCAUGCACAAGUACAUCGCCCUCCUGGCGCCCCACCACCCAUUCACGCUGCUGGAGGCCGAGGACGGCAGCGGCAAGGGCUCCGCCCUGACGGCCGCCAUCGCAGCCCGAGUGGCGGCGCGCGACGCCAAGCACACGCGCGCCGCCCAGCCCACACCGCCAAGCCGCCCAGCCGGACCUUCUCUUCAACAC